AUGGGCUUUCCUGAGAACUCGGUAACUGGCAAAACGGAGUCACUUUGGUCUCCACAGUUGCAAUGUGUACAUAUAAUCACUCCACAAGAUGAUCAAGCUCACCAGUUACACCAGGCUGGUUCUGGACCUAGCGACCUUACCGUGGAUUCACCUGAUGCCGUCAACCAACCUUCUCUAUCAGUGGGUUCCUCAGCAAAUGACGACUGCCUUCUGCAGAGGAGCACCAGAGUGCACAGGGAUGGAGAUGUGCUGCUUGGGGGCUUUUUCGCCCUUUAUACCUAUAUCUAUAUCAAUAAUAAUGUUGAUAUAAAGCCUAGCAGGGACAUCUUUCUCCUACAGUUUAUACCCAACAACUACCAGACUGUUUUAGCCUUCAUUUUUGCCAUUGAAGAAAUCAAUGCGAAUCCUCACCUUUUAACCAACGUGUCAUUGGGAUAUGAGUUUCAUAAUUUUCUGCACGGUCAUUGGAGGAUACUACAGAAUUUCCUCAUCUUGUACGCAGGGCAGGAUGAAAUCCCCAAUUUCAACUGUAAGAGAGAGAGCAAGUCCAUCGCAUUAUUUACAGGAACGUCCUGGGAAACAGCUGCUCAAAUUGGGGCACUGAUGGAGCUCUACAAAUUUCCACAGCUGAACUUUGGCUCUUUCGACCCCGUACUGAGUGACAGUGGCCAGUUUCCCUCUCUCUAUCAGGUGGCCCCCAAGGACACGUCUCUGGCCCUUGGCAUGGUCUCUUUGUUGACCCAUUUCAGCUGGACCUGGGUGGGACUGAUCAUCACAGAAGGUCAGAAAGGUCUGCAAUUUCUCUCAAAUCUUAAAGGAGAGAUGGACAGGAACAGAGUCUGUGUGGCAUUUGUGAAAAUCAUUUCAAAUACUAUUUUGUCAGCUAUAUUACACCACCAGCAACAUAACUUUCUAACCAGGGAAACACCACCCGUUAAUGUUGUUAUCAUUUACUAUGAUAGUGACAGUGUCAAUAGCAUCAACUAUAAUAUAGAGAAACCUUUAGUGACAUGGAGAGUCUGGGUGACAAACUCACAAUUGCAGGCUGACAUGUCUGGGAAAAACUUCAUACUGGGCUCAUUUCAUGGCGCUUUCACCUUUUCACACCACCGUGAGGAGAUUUCUGGUUUCAAAAAUUUUAUCCGGACUGCUACCCCUUCCAAAUACCCAGAAGACACGUACCUUGCUCUGCAUUGGUUCAAUUAUUUCGACUGCUCAGUAUCUGACUCUGACUGUGCACUGAUGGACUGUAUGCCCAAUGCCUCUCUGGCGUGGCUGCCUGCAAAUCGUUUUGACCCAGCCAUGAGUGAAGAGAGUUACAACGUGUACAAUGCGGUGUACGCGGUGGCCCACGCCCUCCAGGAGAUGCUUCUGCAGCAAGUGCAGAUGCAGCCAGUGGGCCGUGGAGAGCAGAUGUCAUUUUCAUCCUGGCAGCUUCACCCCUUUCUGAAGAAUGUCCACUUUAACAAUCCUGCUGGAGACCAAGUGAAACUGGAUGACAGAAGAAAACCAGAUGCACAGUACGACAUUGUCAAUCUUUGGAAUUUUCCAGAAGGCCUUAGACUUAAGGUCAAAGUAGGAAACUUUUCCCCACAUGCUCCCCAAGGGCAGCGGUUAUCUUUAUCUGAGGACCUAAUAGAAUGGGCCAUGGAAAUUCCAGAGACCCCACACUCGGUAUGCAGUGAGAGCUGCAGUCCUGGAUUUAGGAAAACCCCUCAGGAGGGAAAAGCUUCCUGUUGUUUUGGUUGCACCCCUUGCCCAGAGAAUGAGAUUACAAAUGACACAGAUAUGGAAAUGUGUGUGAAGUGUCCAGAUCACCAAUAUGCCAAUGUUCAAAGAAAUUAUUGCUUCCAAAAAUCCAUAACUUUUCUGGAUUAUGAAGACCCCUUGGGGAAGGCUCUGGCCGGCUCAGCCCUGAGUCUCACCGUCCUCACAGCUGCUGUUCUUGGGCUCUUUGUGAAGCACAGAGACACUCCCAUUGUCAAGGCCAACAACAGGGCUCUCAGCUACACCCUGCUCAUCUCCCUCACCUUCUGUUUCCUCUGCUCCUUGCUCUUCAUCGGCCGGCCCAACACAGCCACCUGCAUCCUCAGGCAGACCACAUUUGGAGUUGUGUUCACUGUGGCUGUUUCCACCGUCCUGGCCAAAACGAUCACCGUGGUUCUGGCCUUUAAGGUCACUGCUCCAGGCAGGAGGAUGAGGCAGUGGCUGGUGUCAGGGGCACCUAACUCCAUCAUCCCCAUCUGCUCCCUGAUCCAACUCACUCUCUGUGGAGUCUGGAUGGGGACGAAUCCACCCUUUGUAGACACAGAUGCACACUCGGAACAUGGCCACAUCAUCAUCGUGUGCAACAAGGGCUCCCUCACUGCCUUCUACUGUGUCCUGGGAUACCUGGGCUCCCUGGCCCUGGUCAGCUUCACCGUGGCUUUCCUGGCCAGGAACCUGCCUGACACCUUCAAUGAAGCCAAGUUCCUGACCUUCAGCAUGCUGGUGUUCUGCAGUGUGUGGGUCACCUUCCUCCCCGUGUACCACAGCACCAAGGGGAAGGUCAUGGUGGCCAUGGAGGUCUUCUCCAUCUUGGCCUCCAGCACCGGGCUGCUGGGCUGCAUCUUUGCACCCAAGUGCUACAUUAUUCUGUUAAGGCCAGAGAGGAAUUCUCUGCAUGGAUUCAGAGAUAAAACACGUUCUGGAGGGAAAAAGUCUUAUCAAGUUCAAAAUAGGUUUGCCUAA